CAAAAAGAUUUGGAAAAGUUCCAAUAAUUUUGCAUUAUGCAAAACUUUACUGAGUUUAGUGUUUGACAAACUAUUCAAUCAGCUCACAAAAUGUGUCAAAUAAAAGUUGUUUUUUAUUUGCCAGAUGCAACUUAUUUUGGGGGUGACAAAGUCUUGAUUUUGGGAUGUUAUUGCAUUUAAUCGGUUAUUGUAUAUUUGGCCUGCUAAUUCCUAAAAGAUUGGUUAUUCAUUUUGCACAGUAUAAAAUCAUUCGUAAUGAUGGUAUGACCUGUCAUAUCGGGUGGGAUGUCAUAUCCCUGGAGGGAUGGGCCCCUCCAGAAGAGGUGAGAGAGCUGAGGAAGAGUAGGGGGGAGGGCUGAGAGAUGUUUUACUGGAGGAGGAGGAGGAGGAGGAGGAGGGGGUCGUCCUGGGAGGGAACAGGGGUGUGGAGGGCCGAGUUUAAAAAGGCAGACAGCGUCAACAGUCACUCACUCUCUCACACAAUCUGCCCUCUCCUCCAACUCAGCUCAACCUACAGCUCCUGUGAUUCUCUCAUUUUGCCUUGGAUCUGUACAGGACUCUAUCUUUUUGAUUCUGAAAACAAAGGAUUUUUCUCCCCGCUGCAGCAUGGAGACCGCCACUGGGGAAUAUGUUGAUAACUAUGACUAUUAUGAUGACAAUGAGACUGCCUGUGACUUCUCAGAGUGGGAGCCAUCUUACUCCCUCAUCCCGGUCCUCUACAUGCUCAUCUUCAUCCUGGGCCUGUCAGGUAACGGCGUGGUCAUCUUCACCGUCUGGAGAUCCAAAUCCAAGCGUCGGGCUGCAGAUGUCUACAUAGGCAACCUGGCCAUUGCUGACCUGACCUUUGUGAUAACCCUGCCUCUCUGGGCGGUGUACACAGCGCUGGGCUACCACUGGCCCUUCGGCGUGGCUCUGUGUAAGAUCAGCAGCUACGUUGUUCUGGUCAACAUGUACGCCAGCGUCUUCUGCCUCACCUGCCUGAGCUUUGACCGCUACCUGGCCAUCGUGCACUCUCUGUCCAGCAGCAGACUGCGCUCUCGGAGCACCAUGCUGGCGUCCUUGGGUGCUAUUUGGUUCGUGUCCGGCCUGCUGGCGGUGCCCACGCUGCUCUUCCGCACCACUGUAAGCGACCAAAACAACCGGACCACAUGCGCCAUGGACUUCAGCCUGGUGACCUUGAACCAGAGGCACGAGUACCUCUGGAUCGCCGGGCUCAGCCUGUCCUCCUCAGCCUUGGGGUUCCUCCUACCUUUCUUGGCCAUGACCAUCUUCUACUGCUUCAUCGGCUGCACCGUAACGCGCCACUUCAACAACCUGCGCAAGGAGGACCAGAAGAAGAAGCGGCUGCUGAAGAUCAUCACCACGCUGGUGGUGGUUUUCGCCAUCUGCUGGACUCCCUUCCACGUCCUGAAGAGCAUGGACGCCCUCUCCUACCUGAACCUUGCUCCGAGCUCCUGCGGCUUCCUGCGCUUCCUGCUGCUGGCUCACCCCUACGCCACCUGCCUGGCCUACGUCAACAGCUGCCUCAACCCGUUCUUGUAUGCCUUCUUUGACCUGCGCUUUCGCUCCCAGUGCCUGUGCCUGCUCAACCUGAAGAAGGCCAUGCAUGGCCAGAUGAGCUCCAUGUCCUCUACGCUCAGUGCCCAGACUCAGAAGUCAGAGAUUCAGUCUCUGGCCACCAAGGUGUAGAGGGUAGAAGGAGAGGUGGAGCGGGGCUGCGGGUCAGUCCCAGCUCCAACCACUGGAACACUUGUAAAAAUAAAACUUUACGUGUCCGUUAUUCAAAGCUGGUAAACUGAGAUGAUGAACUUUCACUGCUCACCGUCAUGAAAUCCAUAAUAUGUUCCUCCUACUCUACAGUGAGAGAUGUGGAUGCUCUGCAUGUCGUGUGGACCUGAAGCCGGAGCCAGCUGGCUGAGCUCCUUUAGCUGCUUUGUUCCUCAAAUUCUCAGAGAAAAAAUAUUCUAUUUUUUGUUUUGUCCUGCUCUGCAAAAAUUCUCAUUUCUAUCACGAAAAGAGGGCAGAAUUAUGAUUUUAGAAACACACACUGAUGUUGAUGAUGAAUUCAAUUUACGCAGAACUCUGUUUACACUGGAUGAAACAUAAAGCUGUACAGUAUUUUCAUACCAUAGCAUUUUGUUUUUCUUGUUCAGAUCUAUUGCUGUUUUGUUUUAGAAGCACUUGUUAAAAAGAUGUGUGAGCAGGGAAAUCAAACAGAGCGGUGUGUCCUCUUAAAAGCCUGUUGUUUGUGAAGGUAGAAGUCUGCAGGAGGGAGGGAGGGAGGAGGGGUGUAAGAGGAGCAAAGGUGUUGCGGCUUAAUUAUAUAGUUUGUUGAGAGGAGACGGGGGGGCAGACAGGCAGAUGGCAGUUGACAAAUGUUGGGCAACAGGAGCGGGGUGGGGUGGAGGUGGAGGUGGAGGUGGAGAUGGAGGGGUUUCGCAGUGUGGUCGCAGCACUAAAAGGGGACAAAGGAACUCUGUAAAUAAAUGUUCCAGUUUGAUGUAUAUGUUUUAUUUUUCGACAUCACUGUAACUAACUACUGUAUUAAAGAUGUGUUCUAUGAA